GUUUCAGUAUCAAUUUAAACGCGGUUGAGGACGUUCAGCUUUGUUGCACAAAAUUAAGUGAAUUAUCUUUGCAAGUAAUGGAGAGUUUUUGUUCAUCAAGUUGUGCUACUACUCCAAGUACAGGAGCUGUAACACAAUACAUGUCCCUCCUGUUUAACAUCCUUAAUCUGUCGCAGUGUUCACUUUCAUCUCCUGACAAAUGGCCAGCGGAUUAUGGAGAAAUCGCCUUAAGAAAAGGAUUUCAGAAAUACGAUUUUAUUAUUGUUGGAGGCGGUACAGCUGGAUCAGUCCUAGCUGGUAGGCUCAGUGAGAAUCCUAAUUGGAAGAUUCUUCUGUUAGAAGCAGGAGGGAAUCCUCCUCUUGAAGCUGCUAUUCCUGGACUAUCUAGCACCAUACAGCGCACAGAAUAUGAUUGGCAGUUUAGAAAUAAACCCCUGGGAAGGGAAACAAUUCUACCGAGUGGAAAAAUGCUAGGAGGAAGUAGUUCAAUUAAUGACAUGCACUACGUCAGAGGAAAUGCCGAGGACUACAAUACCUGGGAAGCUCUGGGAAAUCCAACAUGGGGAUGGGACGAUGUCCUUCCUUACUUUAAAAAAUCCGAAGCAAACAGAGAUUUUGAAGGAAAAUAUCAUUCAACCGAUGGGCCUAUGUCUGUUGAACUUCGAAGAAAAAAUGAAACUGUUGACCUUUUCGUAGCAGAAGCAGCAGAAGAAUUAGGAUACAAACGUAUACUUGAUAUAAAUGCUGAGGAACAUAUUGGAUUUACCCAUCACCAAUCAACAAUUAGAUUAGGUGAAAGAGAUAGCACUGCUACGGCUUUCCUGAUACCUGCCAAGAAUCGUUCCAACCUCCAUGUUGUCAAAAAUGCUCACGUGAUGAAUAUUCUUGUUAAAAAUGAUCAAGCAACAGGAGUAAUGAUGAAUCUUCGUGGCAGGAGGAUACUUCAGGCUUUUGCAAGGAAGGAAAUAAUUCUCAGUGCUGGUGCAAUUGUUUCGCCUCAGAUUAUGCUGCUUUCGGGAAUAGGUCCUGCUGAGCAUCUUCAGGCAAUGGGAAUACCUGUUGUAAGGAAUUUAUCUGUGGGAAAAAAUCUUCAGGAUCACGUUGGAGUCUUCCUAUCGGUUCACCUUAAUCAAUCAGAUACUCCACCACGCAGUGAAAUUGAGAAUAUUAAAGAAUUUAUGUCCUAUAUGACUGAUCGUGCAGGUCCUCUGUCUACAAGUGGAACAUUACAGCCCGUUUUGUACGUCAAUGCUAACAAUCCAGAAGCAUCCUUUCCGGAUUUUCAAAUUCUCCAAUUUGAACGUUUAACGCAAGCUCUCAGAACACAACCAAACUACAUGAGAAGCCAUACAUUCGAUCCUUUAGCCAAAGAAGAAGACUCCAACGUGGUAACUUUAUCAGCUCUUUUGAUAUUCUUCAAAGAAAAAUCUCGCGGUGUGAUUCAGUUGGAAAGUUCAAAUCCUCUUCAACAGCCACUAAUUGAUUUUAAUCUCUUGUCUGAAGAAUCAGACACUGAAGCCGUUGUUAAUGCUAUAAGGCUAUAUCAGAAAUUCCUAACAACAAAAAGCUUCAGAAGACGAGAUGCUAAACUCGUAAAAACGCCUCUACCUGCAUGUGAUGCUCUAGCAGAUGAUAGUGAUGAAUACUGGAGGUGCUUCGUUAGAAAUUCAUUGAGCACCUUUUGGCAUUCAGUUGGAUCAGUUAAGAUGGGUCCUGCCUCAGACCCAGACGCAGUUGUAGAUCACAGAUUGAAAGUUAGAGGCUUGCAGGGUUUGAGGGUGAUUGAUGCCAGUAUUAUGCCAACACUUCCAAGUGGCAAUACAAUGGCUCCAACAAUUAUGAUUGCAGAAAAGGGCGCUGAUUUCAUUAAAGAAGACUGGGGUUCAAUUAAUAAGAACUAAUGCUCUUUACAAACUAACUAUAAUGUAAUUGCAAAGCUUGUAGAAAAUAAAAUAAAUUUUUAAAGAAUA